GAGCAUUAUGGCAAGAACAGCCUUCUGGACCUGACCUCGCCUGGUGCUAUCCCUGUUCGCUUUGCCAAAGCUAAAAGACACACCUUUCAUCUGAUCUUUAAUUGCCAUUAUCCUUGACAUACACGACGGAUGAAAGGGCCAUUCUUACCAAAACUAUCAGAGCAAAGUCAUUGAAUGAUAUACAAGGUAUAGUGAUGGAUAUUCGGCUGGUUCCUCGCGUGGGGCUGCAGUCCUACAUCUACAUCGCUCUAUCAAAGCUCCUUUUAUUGUACCAAUGCGAUCUUUUGAAAGAAGAAACAAACAAAGAAGGAUGGUAUCAAGGACAUCUUUAUGCAGACGUUUUCGAUGCAGUCUUUUUAUUCGAUCCAUGCUAUGUUACGAAGAGAACCGAGUGCCAUGCCACAACUAUCAAAUAUCUGAGAAAGAUCAAGCAGAUUCCUGACGACGAAAAGGACGUCAAAGUUGAUUUGAUCUUGUUCAACAGUCAGUUGGGUGAUAUUUUCUCGUGCGAAGACAAGCCGUCUGUGGCCAAGGAGGCGGACGUGCAAGCAGACAUCAAGAAGGGUAAAGACCUGCGAGAGAAGCGCCUGAUUUAUAUCAAGUCUGUCCUGCCACAUGAAUCACUUAUUAGCUCCAUUGAAGUUACCAGCGCCCAAUUCUACGGAUUAUCUUUGACAAUCUACGGAUCCAGAAUGACAAAUCAAGGCGCCAUCAUUCAUUAUCAGAAGGCCGUUGCCAAUCUCCCUACAGCCCUAAGCCCACCAGAGAUAGCUCACUUUCUGCUUACUGUCAUGUCUCUUUAUAGGUGAGGUAAAUAAAUUUACUCUGUUCAUUCACAAUUGGCAUUAAUAGCGCGCCAUUGGAUUGGAUCUGAAAAAACUUACAGCAAUGCACCAAGU